UUGAUGUUCAGUUUUACUCCGACACAGAAACAAACAUCUCCCACCCUUCCUUUCCUAUUCUUGGGGAUUUCAAAGUCCCUUCUCUUUCUCUCUCUACACCCUCGCCCCAUUCUUCGGAUUGUUUGUUCUGCCAUUUUUUUCUCUCUCUACACCCAUGGCCUUCCUCACCCCACCAAAACCACCAUCUCUCUUUCUCUCUCUAACCCAAGAAUCAAAACAACCAGAGCAGAAAGGCCCCCCAUCUUCACAAACCAAACACGACCCCCCAAUUCAAAAGGGGGGGUUAGCGAGAGAAAGAGGUAAGAGGAGAGAGAAGAGAAGGGGGAAAACAUUGGGGUGGGGAGGACGAUGUGGAAAUCUGUGAAUCAUGAGAAGAGAGAUUCAGAGGCCCGUAAUCAGCUGGUCGCCGUGGCGGUGGACAGUGAUAAGAGCAGUCAGCACGCUCUGAAAUGGGCUUCGGACCACCUUAUUGGGAAAGGCCAACUCUUCAUCCUUCUCCAUAUUCACCGAAAGGUCACCGCCAUCUCCACCCCAAUGGGUAAAAUGCAUCCCAUUUCUGAUGUGGCUGAGGAUGUGGCAAAUGCUUAUAAGGAACAAGUUGCAGCUCAAACCAAAGAAUUACUCCUUCCUUUUCAAUGCUUUUGCAGUCGGAGAGGGCUACAUUGCAAGGAGGUUGUAUUAGAUGAUGUUGAUGUGCCAAAGGCCAUUGUUGAUUAUAUUAUGAAUCAAUCUGUCGAUAAACUUGUUCUAGGUGCUUCAUCCAGAAAUGCAUUGACCAGGACUUUCAAGCAGCCUGAUGUCCCUACUUGUGUCUCUAAGACUGCUCCCGAGUUCUGUACCGUCUAUGUGAUAGCAAAAGGAAAAAUUUCAUCGAUACGUCCUGCUCCUCGUCCUAACAAGCAUCCUAUCAACCGGCAGCCGAGCAACAAGUUUGAGGGCAACGAAAACCACUCAUUUCAGUCUACAAAAAGCGAACCUGAUUUCAGGCAAAAUCAUGUAGAUGAUACUGUCAAGUCGCCAUUUGCUAGAAGUGCAAGAAUGGGUAUUUCCUUUGAGAGAAUUCCUGUAACUGGUGGGAGGGCAUACGAGAAUAGGAUGAACGAAAGAAUACAUCCGGCAUCCCAAUAUGGCUCAUAUCCAGGUCCAGGUCCAGGUCCAGGUCCAGGACAUCAUGAUGUACCUUACCAUAGCAUGAGUCCUGGACAGAGUAACUCAGACUGGGCAGGUGUCUCUCUUCGUGAUCAUUUGGAAGGAGGCAGGCCUUUGAGACUUCCCAAUUCCCAUGGAUACAAUGGGGAUCAAUCCAGUGAAGACCAAAUGAGAAGCUUCGAGUCAUUAAGAAGUGGAGGAGCUUACUGGUCUAAUGGUUCUGGAUCUAGUGGGCAUGAGCAGUCACCGGUUUCGCAAGAAAACAACAGUGCUCAAUGGUCUAUGCAAUCAGUGGAAGAUGUGAAUGCCGAGGUUAGAAGAUUACGGCUUGAAUUGAAGCAGACCAUGGAGAUGUACAACACGGCCUACAAAGAAGCUGUAAAUGCAAAUGCGAAGGAUAAGGAGAUUCUAACAUGGAAGAUGGAAGAGGAGAAGAAAAUUGAAAAGGCAAGAAAGGCCGAAGAGGCGGCAUUGGAGGUCGCUGCAAAGGAGAAGCAGAGGUGCCAAGUUUUGCUUGAUGCUGCAGAAGCUGCGAAAAAGAUGGCAGAGCUAGAGGCUAGCAAGAGGACAAGUGCUGAGAAGACAUCGAAGACAGAGGACCAGGAUUGGGAGGUUGAUGUGAGGUAUAGGAAAUACACGAUUGAAGAGAUUGUGAAGGUGACUGAGAACUUCAAUGCGUCCCUCAAGAUUGGUGAAGGUGGGUAUGGACCUGUGUACAAGGCGACUCUUGACCAUACACUGGUUGCCAUCAAGAUUUUGCGGCCGGAUGCAGCUCAAGGAAGGAAGCAAUUUCAGCAGGAGGUUGAGGUGCUGAGCUGCAUCAGGCACCCGAACAUGGUCCUCCUCCUCGGCGCAUGCCCCGAGUACGGGUGCCUGGUGUACGAAUACAUGGCCAAUGGCAGCCUUGAGGACUGCCUCUUUCGUCGGGCCAACACUCCCACCCUCAGCUGGCAGCUGCGCUUCAAGAUUGCCGCUGAGAUUGCCACGGGCCUCCUCUUCCUUCACCAGACAAAGCCUGAGCCCCUUGUGCACCGCGAUCUCAAGCCUGGCAACAUCCUCCUUGAUCACAACUUUGUCAGCAAGAUCAGUGAUGUCGGUCUCGCCCGCCUUGUCCCCCCCUCUGUCGCCGACUCUGUUACCCAAUAUAGGAUGACGGCCGCGGCAGGCACCUUUUGCUACAUCGACCCUGAGUAUCAAAAGACGGGUAUGUUGGGAAUAAAGUCUGAUGUUUAUGCCCUUGGGAUCAUACUUUUGCAGUUGAUUUCUUCGAAGCCUCCGAUGGGGCUGGCGCACAACAUGGAGAGGUCAAUGGAGAAGGGGAGCUUUGGGGAGAUGUUGGACCCAACGGUGAAGGACUGGCCGAUGGAGGAUACCAUGAAGUUUGCGAGGCUGGCACUGAGAUGUGCAGAGCUUAGGCGCAAGGACAGGCCUGAUCUCGGAGGGGUUGUGCUGCCAGAGCUCUGCAGGCUGAGGACCCUUGCUGAUGAGAAGAUGCCGCAGAUGGGACUGUACUUCCAUCACACACAUGCUAUGAGCUAUCAGGAGGUUAUUAAUGUUCCUUCCACCGGAGAAUCUGGAUUUCUGAAUGACAACACAAAGAGCAAUAGUAGUGCAAGUGGACUGCAAUGGUAAAAUCACACUGGGAUCAUCUUUUGCCUGAGCCUUUCUGAGGGUGACUUUUGGCCUUAAAUUCACCCCUUUCCACAUCAAAUUGUUUAGAAAACUAUUUAUACUUGGGAGAGAAAUUGGUUGAUAAUGGUGUUUUGUGAUAAUAAUGGCCUUGAGCUAUAAACUCUUCUUAGAAAGAAUGGACUGGUGAAUGGUGAUUGUGUUUUACUGAAUUAAUGGAUUCAUGUGAAAACUGAAUCCAUUUGAUUAUUAUAAGAAUUGUAAUCUUAUAUAAUUCAUCGAAAUAAAAACCCCCUCACUCUA